AUGGGAAAUAUACAUACGGUUGGGCCUAGUGAGGCCCUCGUUAUCUCCGGGGGAUGUUGUGGAGCUGCAAAAGUGCGUACAAUAAUCGGUGGAUGGGGAUGGGCUUGGUGGCUUGUGACUCAAGUUCAGAAAAUUUCACUUGGUGUUAUGACUUUAAAUCCGAUUUGUGAAAAUGUUGAAACAUCUGAGGGUGUUCCUUUAACUGUUACAGGUGUAGCACAGGUAAAGGUGAUGCGGGACGACAAGCUACUUGAAACAGCAUGCCAACAAUUUUUAGGAAAGAAACAACGUGAUAUUCAAAACACUAUCCUUCAAACAAUGGAAGGGCAUUUAAGAGCUAUUUUAGGAACUUUAACAGUAGAAGCAAUCUAUCGUGAUCGUGACCAGUUUGCUGCUCUUGUUCGAGAAGUAGCGGCACCGGAUGAUGUUUAUGAUCGUGUGGAAUACCUAAAUUCUCUGGGCGCUGAACGUGAUGCAGGAAUUAAGGAAGCAGAAUGUGACCGCUCUCGUUUGGAUAUGCGCUACGCGGCUGAUACUCAUAUCGCUAAUUCAAGUCGAGAAUUUCAAUUGAAGAAGGCCAGUUUUGAUCAAGAAGUGAAUACAGCUCGUGCGGAGUCUGAAUUAGCCUAUAAGUUGCAGGCUGCCAAAGAACGACAAAAGAUUAGGACAGAAGAAGUAAAUAUUAAUAUUGUAGAACGACGUAAACAAAUUGAAAUUGAAGAGAAAGGCAUUUUGUGUAGCGAAAAGAGUAUGGAUGCUACUAUACGACGUCCAGCUGAAGCAGAAGCCUAUCGAUUACAGCAAAUAGCUGAAGGGUAUAGAACACAGAAAAUACUUUUAGCUCAAGCUGAAGCUGACGGCAUUCGUCUGAAAGGUAUUGCUAAAGCUGAGGCUAUGGAAGCUGUUGGACGAGCAGAAGCAGAAAGAAUGCGUUUAAGAGCUGAAGUUUAUAAUAAAUACGGUGAUGCUGCUAUCUUAAAUCUCAUAUUGGAAACAUUGCCUCAAAUAGCUGCCGAAAUUGCAGCUCCACUAAGCAAAACUAAGGAGAUUGUCAUAAUGAAUGGUUCGAAUGGAGAUUCAACGAACCUAACUAGUCUGGGCAAAGAUUUCGCUACCUUAGUAGGUACCGUUCCUCACGCAGUUCGAGCCCUAACAAGUGUUGAUCUUAGUCAGACUAUUUCCAAGAUUCCAGGUGCAAAAGUCGUCACUUCGUAA